GUCAUCUGUCAUUAACUAUCACUAUGAUGCUUUUAAGUGAGUUUAUCAAAAAAGAGUCUCCAGUACACGACAAACAGUCACUGUGUUAAGAUCUUUCUGACAAAAUGAGCAAUACACGCAAAAGGAUGUCCCAUUAUCGGCCUUGGGGCUCGACAGAGAACGGUCAGAUAGAAUUCGAGUCCUUGUCGGACGAGACUCUGGAAGGUGCUCUCGAUGUAAUACGAAAGAGCUUUUUUCUUUACGAGAGCGUAUCCAUAGGCGUGGAAUUGACUUCUGAACCGGGAGCGUCCGAGGAGCUCGAAGAGCUCUGUUUAAACGCGGCCAAGGACGGCGUGAGUGUGGUAGCUAUCGACGUCACCACGAACGAAGUUGUCGGUGUCUCGUUCAACAAAAUCCAAGUGGCUACCAACAGUUCCGAAGAAAGCUUCUUCGAGCACUUUAGAGACAACUGUCAAUAUAAAUCAUCGAAGGCUCUGAUGAACUUCAUGAUCGACAUGGAUUCGCGGAUAAAUCUCUUCAAGCAUUAUUACGUCAAUUGCAUUCUUGAGAUCAUGUUCCUAGCGACUCUGCCCGCUUAUGGGAAACGACGAAUAGGUGAGAUGUUGAUCACUUCGUCAUUGGAACUCGGCAACAAACUGAGACAUGGUAAAAACGUAAGGAUACCCGUCAUGAUACACGGCAGUAACGAAGUGACAAAUGCCGAUGCGAUACCGACCUUGGCCUCCGCCAUCAUGACAUCCAGUUAUUCGCAACGAAUCGCGAUAAAACUUCACUUCGACCAAGUUUUGGAAGUUCAAUACGAUCAGUUUGAGUUUAACGGGAAAAAGUUCAGCGAGAGAAUAGACCAGAAGCACCAACGAGUUGUUUUGGUAGCUAAGAGACUUUCUUCGAUUUAAACAAUGAUCGCGUGAUAGCGCUAAUAGACAAAGAACCUUUUUACAUUGCGACGAUCAAUUGGAUUUAGGAAUAAUAUAGAUUAAGGAUAAUAAUAUAGAUUUCAUUAUCUAUAUAGGAAUAAUAAUACCUCUAAUAUUUUAAUAAGAGAUAUUACAGAAAUAAUAUCUAUUAUUAUUUCUAAAAUUAGAAAUAAUUCUCUUAUUAUUCCUCAAAUAUAUUAUUACAUUUACUUCAAAGUAUCAAAUUUCUUAAAUAUCAAACGUUUGUAAUAUUAUCUUAGCAUUUAUUUCUUUACAGAGAGUAUCCUAAUUUUUUUCACUUAUUCGCAAUAUUUUUUUAAAAUAAAAAUUUUAAGGUAACGUUCGUUAUACAUAUAACAUGCAAUAUUGUAAUUAUAUUACUGUUCACAGUAAUAACAUAUUAAUAACGAGCAGUAUAAUAGUUUCAAAAGUUAUAUUGCAUACAUAAUAUUACGUAAUUAUAACAUUAAGUAACAUUUUAUAUUACAUGUUAAUCCUGUAUUACAUAACAUACAUAUUCUGUGUUUACUGAGAUACAUAUAUAAUGACCAUCAUGCCGAACGUCCGCUUCAGUAACUGUCAUCGUCCCUUCCUUAGAGAAGUUGAGAGGCAUAAUUAUUUGUAUGAGCGGGCUUCCUCAAUCUGUUCACAAAAUCAUAAUAACCAGUAGGAGCGGAAAAGACAUUAGUAAAUUAAUCUACGUCGUAGCGUUAAAAUCUUAACGUUACUUUUUAAAUCGGAACCAAUGGAAUUUUACUAAUUUUUAGUGUUAUAUGUUGAGAAAAAAUAAAUAAAUUAGAGUAUAAUACAAUUCUUGAUAAAUUCUUAAUAAUUGAUUAAAUUAAUCGAAGCUUAGAAUUGUUUAAGUUGCUUUAUACUAUUGGAAUUAAAGAAAUAAAAAUUGUAAACAUUGCGCUAUUUACUGAAACUGCUGAAGUAACUUCAGAUUUCUUACGUCUUCAUGUUUUCUUAUACAAUUUUAUAUAUUUCACCCUUUCUACCCCUUGUUACUAUUAUUGUAUUAUUGAGCAUCAAUAAAAGUGAAAAAGAUUCGAUCUUAGCGCA